AUGUUCUCACCAUCGUUCAAUACCCGACAUGUAUUACAACAUCGAAAUCAACCACCCUCCAAUUUGCCAAAACACAAAAAGUUCCUCCGGCGCACAAGCUUGAACUUGUCCAUCAUCGCCGAGGACUCGUCUUCCCAAAGUCAUUCUCGAGAUGGGCUUCUACAUGACAACAAUGCGAAAAAUCGGCCCAUGAGCUCCAGCCGAGCAGGCCGCUUGUUGCAGUCUUGUUCUGGUCUUGAAGAAGUAAGGAAAACACAUGCUUUUGUUCUUAAGUUGGUGACCGAUCGAGACCCUUUCGUCAGCAACAAUUUGAUUAGCGUGUACGUAAAGUUCGGUGACCUGGCUGCUGCCCGCCAAGUUUUCGAUAAUAUGAACGAGCGGAGCAUCGUCUCGUGGACCGCGAUGCUCGAUGGCUACCGUAAACAACACUGCACGCAUUACGAAGCUCUGAACUUAUUCGUUGACCUCCUCGAGAGUGGGUCCCACGCGAACGCACACACUUAUGUUUGCCUCUUCAACCUCUGCAGCAGAACAUCCGAAAAACGGUUCGGGAGGCAGCUGCACGCUCGGGUCGUGAAGGCCCGGGCAAGCAAUAUCAUACUCGACUGCAGCAUAUUGCAUUUCUACUCAAAGAGCGGUGAAUUAACAACCGCUCUCGAUUUAUUCGACCGGAUGGGAGAGCGGGAUUUGAUCUCGUGGACUACGAUGAUCACGGCUUGUUCGCAGCACGGGCGUGGACGGGAGUCUUUUAACAUGCUGUCACGAAUGAUAUCUAGUGGGGUCCAGCCGAACGAGUUCACUAUUUGUAGUGUGUUAAACGCGUGCGGGGAAGAGAGAGAGCUGAAAUUCGGGAAGCAGCUGCACGGCAUUGUCGUGAAGAAGAACGCGUACGGUUCGGACGUGUAUUUAGGAACUGCGCUCGUGGAUUUUUACGGAAAGUGCCAGGAAACCGAGGAUGCCCGUAGAGUCUUUGACGGGAUGAAAAUACGAAACGAGGUCACUUGGACUGCUAUCAUAGCUGCAUACACGCGUAACAACAGCCUGGCAGAAGCGGCUAUAGCACUUUUCCGUAAAAUGUUGAGACUGAGAGUCCCGGAUAAUGAUCUAACUAUGGUUAGCCUAAUUCAAGCCUGCGGCUUUCUCGGGGCACUCCGUGCCGGGAAGGAACUGCACGCGCGGGUUCUCAAGGACUCUUUGCAAGAAAAUAAUAUUUUCAUCGGGAACGUGCUCGUUUGGCUCUAUUCCAAGUGUGGGGCCCACACGCAUGCGUUUAAGGUUCUCAAGCGCCUGCCCGAAAAAGACGUGGUCUCGUGGACGACGAUAAUAUCUAGUUGCGCUGGGCUGGGCCACGAGCAGGCGGCAAUCGGGUACUUGAAAUCGAUGAUGGGCCAUGGGGUGGAGCCCAAUUCGUUUACCUACUCUUCGGCUUUGAAAGCGUGCGCGAAAUUGGCGGACGUGAGGUACGGGAGACUCGUCCAUUCGUCUGUCAAUAAAAGUCCGGCUGCAUUGGCGAACGUGUUUGUGGGGAGUGCCUUGGUGCAUAUGUACUCUAGGUGCGGGCACCUGCCCGAGGCUGCCCUGGUUUUUGACGGAAUGCCCGAGAGGAACCGGGUAUCAUGGCAGGCGAUGGUCGUGGCCUAUGCUAGGAACGGGCUAUGCAGUGAGGCCCUGCGGCUCGUUUACAGGAUGAGGGCAGAGGGAGUUGAGGUGGACGAUUAUGUCCUCUCGACUGUUAUUAGUGCCUGUGGGGAUUUUAAGUGGGAAGAAAUGUCCUCGAAAGAUGUUGUGUUGCAAAUUUAA